UGUUGUUAAUGAGUUUGGGUGUGUUAUAAACAUAAGUAAAAUCUCCGUGUUUUAAUACGAUAAAGCGGUCAAUUAAAAAUUUUAAUAUGCCUGUGGAAAUGGAGUUUGAUUAUGCCACGGCAACGGCAUCAAUGGAUAAAUUCUCCCAGGCGGACAUAAAUAUUUUACGAGAAUGGACUCAAAAACUUGAUAAAUCGAAGUAUGUGCCAAAGGAUUUGACUGAUAAACAAAUUGUUCUCUUCUACAACGCUUGCUAUGGGGACUUGGAUAAGACUAAAUCGUGCAUAGAACGAUACUAUGCCUGCAGAAAGAAUACUCCUGAAUUUUUCGACAACAGAAUUGUAAAUUCUUAUGAUCUGAAGCCGAGCGUCGAAGCCCUGGAGUUCUCGUUCCUGCCAGAGAAGUCGGUGAAGGGUUACGACAUCAUAUAUCACCGGCUGCACUACCUGGAGCCAUCCAAGUACUUCCUCGAGCCUGGCUGCAAGCUGCUCUUCAUGACAGUUGAUGCUUGUUUAAACAAGAGAGGACCUCAGCCUGGUUAUCUGUUCCUGUUUGACAUGAGAGGCGUUCGUCUAGGACAUCUCACCCGAGUUAGCUUAUCGUCCCUGCGCAAGUUUUUCACGUACAUCCAGGAGGCGAUGCCGGUGCGCAUGCGUGAAAUCCACGUGCUCAACACCGAGCCAAUCCUGGACAAGCUGCUGCUCCUCAUUCGGCCGUUCAUGGAUAAGAAGUUCUUUGACAUGAUUAAGUUCCACAAUAAGAAUGAAGAUUUGGAGAACUUCUACGAAACGGUUAUAUCACGGUCAGCGUUGCCCCCAGACUACGGCGGUACCUUGCCAGACACGCAGACAUUGCAUAAAAAGUGUAUUCAGACACUAGCGGCAAUGGAGCCCUAUUUCAAGGCAGAGGAGGCCCAAAGACAAGCAGCUAUACCUGAUAAGAAAAGGGAUAAGGCGUUAGAGAAAAACUUCAAGAGUUUGGAUAUAGAUUGAAGUAUAAAUCGUUUUUACGGUAGGUGUUAGUUGCUAUUAUAAUUGUUAAAAUGUCUAAGGGACUUAAUCGCGAAUAAAAUACCUACCUAUAUACUUAAAUACUCUAAGAUUUAAGAGAGAUAGGUACCUAUCUUACUGUCCAGACCAGAAUAUCACGUAUUGUAAUAAAGUUAAGUGCGAAUGUUAUUUUUUUAUGUGAAUUUAUU